AUGUCUGCUGCGCUCGACUUUGUCAAACCAGCAGGAUUUCGCACUGGAAAAUUACUUCCUACCGGAAAUGUUGUGGAUACGUUCGAUGGUUAUCAUGCGACAUGUAUCGACGUUGGAAAUCCGUGUGUAUUGGUUUACGCGUCGGAGCUUGAUGUUGAUGGCGAGCUAUCGUCAGAUGAAAUCGAGGCUAACACGACACUUCAAGAUAAACUCGAAUCCAUGCGUCGCCAAGCUGCUAUCAAGAUGGGCCUUGCACAGGAUUUUGACAAUGUUCCUGGAAGCGUUCCAAAGAUCUCUAUGAUAUCUCCAAGGAAGCAGCCGACGAAUGGCGAGAUCAAUGUUCGCGCCAUGUCAGUAGGUCAAGCUCGCAAAGCAAUUCCAGUGACCGUGGCUUUGGCUACAGCUGCCGCCGCCAAGCUACGAGGAAGUAUUGUUGCAGAUUGUCUCAAAGGUAGUGAAGAGGAAAAGGGUCUGGGAAUUUGUCACGCUAGUGGUAGACUUCGAGUAGACGCCUCAUUCGAUGAGGCCGGGGAGUUGUCCAAGGCAACUGUUUUCCGUACAGCUCGGCGUUUAAUGGAAGGGACAAUCUAUUGGAAGUAA